AUGUGCCUCAACCUUCCCUUCCUCGUCUCAUCCAUAGACCGCGAGCCCAAUUUCUUGGACACAAAGCAAGGCAAUGAAGGCUCAAGCGAGCCCAACGCUGCUCGGAUGCGCUACCUCACCGAGUCAGCCAACAUAUGCAAACUAUCCUCUGAGAGCCUUGUAGACAUCCUGCAUCGAUUCAGAGCACAGCACACCCUCGUGAACUCACCAAUUAUCCUGGUAUACGGCGCCAUCGUCGCAACCAACGCAAUCCUCGUGACGCUGAGGCACCAGCAGAGGAACACGAACGAGCCCCCAAUGCAGAUAAAGGAUACUGCCCUACCGGCGCUGGACACAUAUCUGCAGGAGCUGAGCGUACCGUGGGCCCUCGCUGGCGAAGCUAGAAUCAAAUUCCAGCGGGCGCUGCGCACAUGGUACCGUCGCACCCCAGCUGGAACAGGGCAACCAGCGGCCAGCGAGCAAUGGGCCACCACCUCAAGCCAGCCGCCCACUGGGCCAACCACUGGGCCAGAUAUGCGUUUCAUGGAUCUGUACCCCGUAGAUCCCGCCCUGCAGGCUUCCCUGGAUCAGAACCAGUACCAAGAGCAGCCCCAAGGCUGGUACCAAGAAACCCAUCCCGAGCACAUGCAACCGCAACCUCAGCAGCAGAGCGACGCCGCCACCGGGACCGGAUCUUCCCCGGACGUCAACUUCGAGAGCCCCGUGCCGUUCGUCUGGGACCCGAUGAGUGUGCUGGACGGCGAGGUGGCGCUGUGGGCGACCAUCGGGGGUGGUUUCCCGACCGGGAUCGAUGCGGGCUUUGACGCGAGCGGGAUGGCGUGGACGGAGGAACAGCCGCAGCCAACGACUCUCUGA